AGGAAAAUUUUCAGUUGUUGAGUCACCGGGAAAACCGUUACUCGACCGGGAACAGCGCACUUUACAUCUCGGAUUUCUGAUCUCGGCCUCGUUGUAGUUCCACCAUCUAAAUACUUUUUCUCGACGGGGUUGAAAUGUUACAUUUUCGGUCCACGGUAGCGCUCAAGGAGUUAUUUCAAACCCAGCUGAAGCGUCCGUUGGCAGGUAUUAAAGCUGCACCUGCGACCGCCUCCUGCUUCAGCACCGUUAGGUCGGAUGGGAGGUCACCGGGCAGAAGGGGGGGGUAUCCCGGGUGGAGAGCCCCGCCGCAGCACUACUCCAGGCGGUACGGACUGAGAGGCUUUUGCUCCAAGGGUGAUGAACCAAAUGAAGCCGGCAAGGACUCAGCAACAGAGAAGAGAAGGAAGGCGGGCGUGCUGCCCAGCCUGGAGGACCUGCUCUUCUAUACCAUCGCAGAGGGCCAGGAAAAAAUCCCUGCACACAAGUUCACCACAGCUCUUAAAGCCACCGGGCUUCGCACAGGAGACCCCAGACUGAAGGAAUGUAUGGAGAUGCUGAAGGUGACCUUGAAGACGACCUCCGACGGAACUCUCGACCGACACCUCUUCAAAAAGUGUGUCCAGAGCAACAUCGUUCUGCUCACUCAGGCCUUCAGGAAGAAGUUUGUCAUCCCAGACUUUCAGUCUUUCUGCGCCCACAUCGAUGAACUCUACGGGACGGCUAAAACCAUGCCUGGAGGGCAGGUGGCCGACUACAUCCCCCAGCUGGCUCGAUUCAGCCCCGACAUAUGGGCCGUCGCCCUGUGCACGGUGGACGGACAGAGGCACACCGUCGGCGACACAAAGGUCCCUUUCUGUCUGCAGUCGUGCGUGAAGCCGUUGAAAUACGCCAUCGCUGUUCACGACCACGGCACUGAGUACGUGCACCGCUUCAUCGGCAAAGAGCCCAGCGGUCUACGGUUCAACAAGCUCUUCCUGAACGAGGAAGAUAAACCGCACAACCCCAUGGUUAAUGCUGGAGCUAUCGUCUGUACCUCCCUCAUUAAGCAAGGAGUGAGCAACUCUGAGAAGUUUGAUUAUGUCAUGAACUUCAUGAACAAACUCGCAGGAAACGAGUAUGUCGGCUUCAGCAACGCCACUUUCCAGUCGGAGCGAGAGUCUGGAGACAGAAACUUUGCCAUCGGCUACUACCUGAAGGAGAAGAAGUGUUUCCCUGAGGGGACAGACAUGACCUCCAUCCUCGACCUCUACUUCCAGCUGUGCUCUAUCGAGGUGACCUGUGAGAGCGCCAGUGUCAUGGCAGCCACUCUGGCUAACGGCGGCUUCUGUCCAAUCACAGGCGAGCGUGUUCUGGCCCCAGAGGCCGUGCGAAACACUCUGAGUCUGAUGCAUUCCUGCGGCAUGUACGACUUCUCGGGACAGUUUGCUUUCCACGUCGGCCUGCCCGCCAAAUCAGGCGUCGCCGGUGGGAUCCUGCUGGUCGUUCCGAAUGUGAUGGGCGUCAUGUGUUGGUCUCCUCCGCUCGACAAGCUGGGCAACAGCGUGAGAGGAAUCCAGUUCUGCACGGACCUGGUCUCUCUCUGUAACUUCCACAACUACGACAAUCUGAGACACUUUGCCAAGAAGCUCGAUCCUCGCAGGGAGGGAGGAGACCAGAGGGUGAAGUCGGUGAUUAAUCUGCUGUUUGCAGCUUACACAGGAGACGUGUCCGCCCUGAGGAGGUUUGCGUUGUCCUCCAUGGACAUGGAGCAGAGAGACUACGACUCCAGGACGGCUCUGCAUGUUGCAGCUGCUGAAGGACACGCUGAGGUGGUCCGCUUCCUGCUGGAGGCCUGCAAAGUCAACCCAGUUCCCAAAGACAGGUGGGGAAACACACCACAGGAUGAAGCAGUUCACUUCGGUCAUCACGACGUGGUGACCAUCCUGAGAGAUCAUCACACGAAGUACAACCCGCAGGAGACGCCCACCGACAAGCAGAGCGCGGAGCAGAACCUGGACGGGUUGCUCUGAGGGAGAGAAGAAGAAGUCACUGAAGCCGAGCGGGACGGUUUGUUCUCAGAGAGAAACGUCUUAAAUCAGGAGGUUUGAGAGGAGAAUCUAUCAAACACUCACAUGUAGGAACAGUUAGGAACAUUAAACUGUAAAGAGGAAUCUUUAGAAACAACUUAGAUAACAGUCCGUUAAACACACACCCCUCCAGUGUAAAAGCUCCUCCUCAUGUUGUUAGAUGUAGUAAGUUUUUGUAAGAUAAAUUGUAUUUCUGUUUAAUUUCUCCUCCUGUGUUCAGUCAUCACCUUUGUAGCUCUGUAGGAAGUGGCCAGCCGCCAGCUGAAUUCUGGGUAAAUUUGGCUGCGGCUGGUGAGUUAAAGGACUCACCUGUUGACUUUUAAUUGUUUUUAUUUUGAAAAGGUGAUAGAGGAAGUAGCAGGUGUAAUUUGGAGUCCAGGUGUUAAAAAAACCUCCCUGGCUUCAUCAUCAUCAUCACAACAUGGUGGAAUGUAUCUUCCCCCAAACACACAGAGUGUUUGUACGUGUGUGAUAUUUAUUUAUCUAUUUAAGAUAAACUGUACAUUCAUGUAGUGUGUGUGUGUGUGUGUGUGCGAGUGUGUGUGUGUGUAUUCUUCAGGUGAGGAUAUAUAUUGGUGUAAAUACGUACAGGUGUAUAGUUGUAGCUCUGUAGUCUGGUGGAUUUUGAUCACGAGGUGUGUGAGGUCGAUUUCACUCAAACUAUUUUUCUGUUUUUAAACUUCAUUUUGAAUUCUUAAAUCUGUUCGAUGUUCAGCCUUUAAAUUUAAAUACGAGUAAAAAGCUUUUCUUCUGUUAGCUAUAUGAUGGCUGUUUUUGUUUUUACCCCUAAAACUGGAUUUUAAUUUUGCACCUUUACACUGAAAUAUUUGAUAUUUAUUAUUUUGUACCUUAAGGUAAUUUGUGUUUUUAAUAGAAAGUCAUCCAAAGUUGGGCGUGUUUGUCGCCUCCUGACUGAUCGAAGGAGCUCUUAGAUAUCGGAUGUGACACUGCCAGCACUGACAGCAGCUUGAAUACAAGGAAAGUUUGUUUCAUACUUUUAUUUUGUUUGUCAGAUUUAUCUUUUAGACAAGAAACUGCACUCAACAAAAGAAAAUUGGUUGCUGCACAUCCGAACUGUGCAGCUAAUCAUUCAAACUCUCAAAUCUUUAUUUACAUUUUCUACUGGAGGUCACAACAUUUUCAACCAUACGGAAGCCAUGAAAGACAAUAUGUUGAAACUACAAGAAUUAAAAGAUUUAUCAUGAUCAUAAAUGACAAAGAAAAGCAGCGAAUCUUCACAUUACCAGCGACUGAUUGAUCACUUCUAGAAUUUCUCUGCUCGUUUAGUCCCGUCAUCUUUGUUGCUCUGAGUGAAUGAAAACGUUAUGACAAAGAUAAUCUUCACUGAAGCUGUGAAGAUGAAUAAUGUAAAGAAAACUUUACAUCUAUAAACCUGAUUAAAUCCCCGGCUCUCUGAUUGGUUGUUGUCUACAGCAAUGCAUCAUGGGACUUGUAGUAAAAAAAAAUUCUGUUGAGUGCAGUUCCUCCUUUCUUCACACUUGAAAUCACAUUAAAGUUUUGAUCAUGUUUUUCUGAAGAUCUUGGCUUUCAGAGCAGAAAUGUGUUGACUCUGUAAUGUAUCACAUGAAUUCUGAUGGUUUCUUUGUACACGUGUUCCUGCAGAGCACUCGGACAGGACAACAGGUUUUCAAACACUAGAGACUUAAGUGCAGGAGCUUUAAAAUGCAGAGGAUGUUUGUCUUACUUGAAACGUUGUGUAAAUGUUUUCCAGAGGGUUCUUGUGUUUGUAGUGUGUUUGAGGUUUGGAUGUUGUUGUUUUUAACAGACAAACUGAACCAGGCAAUCGCGUCUGUUGUAAAAACAAUCCACAGUUAAAAUCAGUGCAGUGAGAAAUCUUUGUAUCCCUCUGGGUGGGAUCGGUAAAUUCAUUUUAAAUUACAUGAUUUCAAAGUAAUCAAAGAGAAGCACAAAAAGGAACCUAAAAGCUGCAAUAUUUGAAGAGACAAUUAGCAAUAGAAUUGUUAUGAUUGUACCAUAAAAUCAGCAAUAUUGGACUCUGAUCCCGACCUGCAGCUCCGCUCUCUCUGCUGUCGUCUGUGAUAUGACGUGAUCUCUGUGUGCAGCUGAAGUAUUCUGAAUGUAACGUGUUUGGUGUCGUUCUCUUUCUCCAUGUAUGUUUCUGCUGCUGAGCGUCGCAGGCAGCUCAGAUAUUUAUUCACAGAUCAGACAUUUAAUAAAAGUUCUAAAAAUAAA